ACGAGCCCUCUGAUUGGUCAAGGGGCUCUCGGCCGGGGGCUAAAAAUGUGAAGCGCUUCCAAAGUGACUGGAAUUUGUUAUAAUUUAUGAUUAUUUUAACCAGCACAGUCACAGAUGUUGUUUUUAUUUGAUGUGUCAUUGUGGAGGACCGGAUUGUAAACGAUGUCUGACGCUGGAGGGGCUCGUAGUUCAGAGCAGCUGAACAAAUUCGAGAAACUGAGAGGCAGGCCGCCGCAUACUGAGACGUUAGCAGGGCUUCGUACUCCCCCAGCUCGUAGUGGGCAUCGGUGUGUGGCUGACAACACUAACCUGUAUGUGUUCGGAGGGUACAACCCUGACUACGAUGAAUCCGGAGGCCCUGAGAAUGAAGACUAUCCGCUGUUCAGGGAGCUGUGGAGGUACCACUUUGCAACAGGCUGCUGGCAGCAGAUUCGCACAGAGGGCUACAUGCCCACAGAGCUGGCGUCUAUGUCAGCUGUUUUGCACGGUAACAACCUCCUGGUGUUUGCCGGCACUGGGAUCCCCUUUGGUGAAAACAAUGGCAACGAUGUACAUGUUUGUAAUGUGAAGUACAAGCGCUGGUCACUGCUCAACUGCAGAGGGAAGAAGCCCAACCGAAUCUAUGGACAAGCAAUGGUUAUUAUAAACGGCUUCCUGUACGUAUUUGGAGGGACGACGGGAUACAUCUACAGCACAGACCUUCACAGGCUGGAUCUGACCACCAGGGAGUGGAUCCACCUCAAACCUAACAACCCUCCUGACGACCUGCCUGAGGAACGGUACAGGCAUGAAAUAGCACAUGACAGACAGAGGAUCUACAUUCUGGGAGGAGGAACUUCCUGGACAUCUUACCCUCUGGACAAGAUACAUGCUUACAAUCUGGAGACCAAUUCCUGGGAGGAGAUAACAACAAAACCUCAUGACAAAAUAGGGUACCCUGCUCCUAGGAGGUGCCAUAGUUGUGUACAAAUAAAAGAAGAUGUAUUUAUCUGCGGAGGAUACAACGGGGAACUUAUAUUAGCUGAUCUGUGGAAGAUCAACCUGCAGACUUUUCAGUGGAACAAACUACCAGCUGUGAUGCCUGAGCCGGCCUACUUCCACUGUGCUGCUGUCACUCCAGCUGGCUGCAUGUACAUUCAUGGUGGCGUAGUGAACAUCCAUGAGAACAAGAGGACUGGCUCUCUCUUUAAGAUCUGGCUGGAUGUGCCAAGCCUGCUGGAACUGUGCUGGGAGAAGCUCCUAAAGGCCUUUCCCCACCUGAUCUCACUCCCCACCAUGCAGCUGCUCAACCUGGGCCUCACACAGGAACUCAUUGAACGCUUGAAAUAGGCUCCAGGGGAGGAGGAAGGACUAACAAAUGAAUGGAUGGGACUGACCAGGCUGGACUGGAAGGCGAUGACAGAGCACAGAAUUUAAUUCACAGGAAAAAUUCUCUGGAAAAUUCCCUCUCCCUCCCCUGCCUAACGUAGCCCCGCCUUAAAACAAUGGGAUGCCUUUAAGUUUGCUCUUAUUUUUUUUUUUUGCAGUUUCAGUGAUGAUAGAGAAAAUAAAUGUGGAAUGUUUUAUGGAUUUUACUUCACUCCUCCCACUGUUCCUUACAUGAUGCCUUUAUGUCAAACUAAAUCCACAGUCCUGCUUCUCAUCCUCCAAACUCUGGCAGCUGGAAGUACUUUGUUGCCAUGUCAUGUUUUCAAAGACUACCCUCUCUCAAUUGAAAUUGAAGAAUUCUGUGCAAAAGAAGAAUGCAUGUGUAUUUAUUUAUAGGACUUCAUCAUUUUUCUAGGGGGGGGCUUAAAUCAUCUGAUAUUGCUGUUUGCACACUUUGUCUUUCAUAUUUGUGAACAUUCACAUUUAUUUUAAUAGAUACUUUGAGCAAAAUAAUAUUUUCAGUCUUAAAAAUGUCAGACAGUGGUUUUGCACAUUUUAGCCAAUCCGUUUAAAAUCAAAUUAAAUCUCUAAAAAAAACUUCCAGGAGCUUUAACUUGUUUGAGUUAUGAAGUCAUUACACUGUCGUGUUUUUUAUGGUUGAAACUGUUUUCUUCUUUCAUAACUUUGACAUUACCCAUCCUUAAAGUCGUAGAGUUGUUUUAGACUGUGAUUGGAAUAGGAAAAACAAAAGAAUGGUAUGCCUUGAAAAUGGCCUCGAGGGAUGUUUUUGCUAAACGAGCUAAAAUGUGCAGAAACACAGUCUGUGCUUCAGUAGUGUGUGAAGAAAAGGUUCAACGCUGGUUUUGCAGGAUGUUUGAGAACUUGUUUGUUCCCUUGUAUAAUAUGAUCAAGCAUCUUUUCUUCAAAAGGAAGGUGGGUUCUUAUCAAAUGAUUUUAAUCUCCAUCAUGUUUGCAGCUCUCAUUUCUUAACCAAAACCAUGCAACUCAUCACUGUGAAUUUGGUGCUCUUUAAAAUUAAUUUAAAAAUGCUUUUAUUCGAAUAAAGACUUCAUUCUGUUCAGCCUUUCAAUCCCUCUCUGUUGGUGACAUCAGGUUUUCCUUUCUUUCCCCUCACAGGGAUUUGCUGUAGUAGCAGAGUAUUAAACAUUUGUUUAUAAUGCAGUGCCUUUUUCAAACUUUUAGCAAAGUUUGAAUUUAAUAAAAUUUGAGGCAGUACAAAAUUCUUUUUGCUGACAAUUGUGUUUACAAGUGAACUAAUUUUUUUCUGUUGCCAUUUUCAACACCAUCACAUACAAUCACCAAACAUCAGGGUGGCAGAUACAUGUCUCCUGUUUCUAUGAUUCAGAAGUAUUUUGUUUCUCUGACCAGCCUCGUCACUUCAGUUAAUCCACUUCAUUUAUCCUGAAUGCACUUUUUUUUUUUUCUCAAGUACACAGAUCCUUUGUUUCAGUCAAUGGAACUGAUGCCAAAUAAUGUUUCAUUUUUGAGCAAGGUGUGAGGAUAUGGAAUAAAAGCUGGUUUGAUCCAUGAGCACAUCUUGCCCUUUUAUUUCUGUAAUGUACAAACAGAAAUGUACCUAGUGCAUGAUGUCAUUUCCUGCUAUUUAUGUUUUCAAACCUUUACAGUGGGACAUGGUUUUAAAGGUGGCCAAUACAAUGUUGUGCAGUAGGCUUGUGUGAAUGUUGUGUUGAUGCACUUUCAAUAAAAGCUAUCUAAACAUUU